CCCUCAAACCUGUAUUUUCCUUGGCGGCAGUAAUCGUUCACUGUAACAUGAAACGUAUGAGAAAUUCUCUCCAAACUCCAAAACAAAUUGUUUCAACAGAUUCAUAUUUAGAUGAUGAUUGUUGGGAAUAUGUUUUCAAAUUCAUCUUCAAUGACGACGAUGACGAUAACCGUUCCUAUUUCAAAUCUCUUUCCUUAGUUAACAAGCAAUUUCUCUCCAUUACCAACCGUCUACGCCUCUCUCUCACCGUAUGGAAUCCAACCUGCCGUUUAUUCUCUCGCCUUUUUUCAAGGUUCAUCAAUCUCAUCUCCCUCGACCUCUCCUGUUACUAUGGUCUCAUCAACAAUGUUCUCGUCCAAAUCUCUCGUUUCCCAUUGAAACUCACUUCGCUUAAUCUCUCCAACCAACCCAAAAUUCCGGCACGCGGCUUGAGAGCUUUCUCGCGAAAUAUUACAACUCUAACCUCUCUCAUUUGUUCCAAUAUUGCUUCUUUCUCUACUGCUGACUUGCUUCUUAUCUCUCAUUGCUUUCCUUCCCUCCAAGAACUUGACCUCAGUAACAGUAUCAAUGAUUUUAAGCUAAAUGCUGAUAUAUCAAUGGUGUUUCCUAAGCUGCGCAAAGUUAAAGUUAAUUUAUAUGGUCGUAACCAUACAUUUACAUACCCAUGGCUUUUACAAGUAUGUAAGAAUUCUGAGUUUCUUGAAGAUGUUGUUAUGUUUAUUUCAUGCACUCUAAAGAUGAAGUUUUAG